AUGGCUCCCACCGGUAAAAGGGUGUACAACUGGUACAUCUCCCUGGUGGCCGCCAUGUGCAUGGUGCUCUACGGGUACGACGCGUCCGUCUUCAACUCCCUCCAGGGCUCCCAGAACUGGCUCGCCUGGGUUGACGUCGACCCUAAAAAGGACACUCAGCUCUUGGGCCUCAUUAACACGGCCUACACCAUUGGCGCCAUUGUUGCCGGCUUCUUCAUCGGCGGUCCCGUCGCUGACUACCUCGGGCGCCGCUGGGGCAUGGCCAUCGGCUGCAUCGUCACCAUCGUCGCGACCAUCAUGCAGACCUUCACCCCUCACCACCAGAUCGGCGUCUUCAUCGCCGGCCGCGUCAUCAUCGGUAUCGGCCAGGGCAUGGCCCUGACCGCCGGACCCGUGUACAUCGGCGAGGUCGCCCCCUCCGAGAUCCGCGGCCACAUCAUGACCUGCUGGCAGAUGUACUACUCAGUCGGCUCCUUCAUCGCCUACUGGAUCAACUACGCGUGCUCCAAGCGCCGCGAGCAGCUCGGCGAGUGGGACUGGCGCAUGGUCGUCAUCUUCCAGAUGCUAGUCCCCAUUAUCAUCGUAGCCGCCCUGCCCUUCCAGCCCGAGAGCCCGCGCUGGCACAUCCAGAAGAACGGCAACGUCGAAGCCGCCCGCGCCGCCCUGAUGCGCAUCCGCGACACCGAGCACGAAGUCGAGGAGGAGCUCCUCCAGAUCCGCGAGGCCAUUGAGUACGAGAAGGAGGCCAUCAGCCGCAGCAGCUACGCCGCCCUCUUCCGGGACCCCUCCGUCCGCAAGCGCCUCUACCUCGCCUUCGCCCUCAACGUCGGCCAGCAGCUCACGGGCCAGGGCACCCUCAACUCGUACUCGACCGCCAUCUACAAGAAGGUCUGGCCCUCCACCGACACCAUCAACCUCAUCAACGCCCUCAACGCCACCAUGGGCAUCCUCUUCACGCUCAACGCCAUGUGGACGGCCGACCGCUUCGGUCGCCGCUGGCUCUUCCUCGUCGGCGCCGCCGGCAUGGCCGUCUGCAUGCUAAUCGUCCCCAUCGUCGGCCUAAAGACGCCGACAGCUGCGGACGGGACCAAGAGCGAGCCCGCCGGGAUUGCCAUCGUCUUCCUGCUCUUCCUAUUCAUCUUCUUCUAUAAGCCGACCUGGGGCGCGACGACCUGGAUGUGGACGGCCGAGAUUUUCUCCGUCAACGUGCGCGCGCAGGCCGUCGGAAUGUGCUCGCAGAUGCAAAAUGUCGCCAACACAAUCUUCCAGCAGUUCUUUCCGACCUUCCUCGCCAACGCGGGCCUCAGCUGCCUCUUCUUCUUCAUGGCCAUGAACAUGGUCCUCGGUGCCUUCGUCUACUUCUGCGUCCCCGAGACGAAGCAGGUCCCGCUGGAGCAGAUGGACGCCCUUUUCGGCGGCGUCGACCACACCGAAAAGGGCGGCCAGAUAAUGGGCGCUGAGGAGUCGGGCGGCGGCGGCCAUCACGGGUCGGCCAUCACCGCGGGGAGCAAGAACAGCGCCGAGGUGCAGCAGUCCGAGAGGGGGCAGGGUGUUUGA